CGUCUCUCGUUCCCGCCGACUCAAGCAUCUCUGUCGCUCCAAAAAGCAUCGUCUUUUCCACGCCGCCGUCGAAUCUAGCGCACACGCCGUCUCUCCUCUGGACCCUCGAAUAACAGUCUGCUUCCGCAAUGACCCAUCAACAGUGGCUUUUCUCCUACGACGAGUGGGCGCAAGCUCCUUCGAUGAGCCAGCUGUCUCUUGGCGACGAGGCCCUCGAGCGAAAGAAGAUGUGUGCCUUCAUCGACUGCAUAGGAAAGCGUCUGCAACUUGAUCAGGACGAUAUCAGAACCGCAAAGGCGCUGGCCCACCGCUUUUACAUGAGACACUCCUUCCGCAGCUACAACUACCACGAAGUCGGUGCGACGAUUUUGGCUCUGAUGGGCAAAGUCGGGUGCGAGUACCGAGGCAUCGACCAUGUUGCGAAGACGUGUGUCUCUAAAAGGCUGGAGGGCGAGCAGCGGACCAAGGAAAUGGACAAGUGGAUCGAGUGUAUCAUGAGCAAGGAGUUGAUCGUACUGGAGAGCCUGGCCUUUGACUUCUCGGUCGAGCAUCCCCAUUCGUAUGCCCUGGACUACGUGAGCAAGCUCUACACACAUGAGCCGUGCUACGACCAGCUCCUCUCUUGCGCCUUCAUGUACUGCGAUUGGUGGUAAGGCUGCCGUUCGGUUUGCUCAUGAGCGAUAGUUUGCACAGAUGCGGCGUGCACAACUGGCUGGCUGCACCACCGUCCUCGUCGGACUAGGCUGCGCUGUUCCAUCAUUGGCCUGAACGCCUAUUCCUUGGUUCCGCAUGCUCCCUCCCCUGCCUUCAUCGUGGCAGUCUGGACACACCCAUCGUCACG